CCCAAGUAUAACCAAUUUAUAAAAAAAUAUAUAGUUUGUUACUAAACCUGCUCCCUAGUUUCCCUACCAAUUUUUGUGGUUUUAUAAUUGCACUUUCCUGUCUUGCUAAAUAAUCCUUUUUGUUGCUGUGUAACAGACCCACACACACGGGAAGCACUGAAACUCGCUUAUUUAAAUAUUGUCAAAUGCACAAAGUAAACAGAAAAAUGGAGAAAUAAUUUGUUGUUCUUGCAAAUUAUAGUACACCUUUUGUAAGAGAUUAAAUUGGGUAUAUACUGUUGAAAGAGAGAGAAUGAAUGGAUUUCACGAAAUUAUGAAUCGAAUCCAAACAUCCCAUUAAACACACACAUCUAAAAAUCAAACUGGAGGAAAAAAUUAAUAUAACUUAUUUCACUCAAAUGUUUAGAAAUAAGAUAUGGAAUAAAUUAUGAAGGAUCUAUCAAAACAGAGAUCACCAUCAGUUUGCAGGCAGUUCAAGUCUGCAAAAAAAAAAAAAAAAGCAGCAUUGUCAAAAAUCAUAACUGAAAGAUUUUAAAUUUAUGCAGUACCUAAUAUGAGUGAAGUUAUGUUUUCUAAAAAGAAAGGAAAGUCAAUACUUAAAACUUUUUUUCUAAGAAUCUUACAAAAAUGCUAACUGGGUGGGAGGUAGAAAUAUUAAUUCAUUUAAGAAGUUUGUAGCUGAAUCCAGUUGACCUUUAAAGUAUCUUUUAAUCUUUUUAACCCCUCCACAAAUUCAGUCUUCAUAUCCACCAUAAUCACAGAAUGCUGGUGAUAUCAUAUUUUAUUUGAAAAACACAAACAAGCAAUUUAUAUUUUUAAGGUGCAUUAUCCCUUUUCUGGUUUAACUGCCAUAUAUUAUGCUGUUCCACAUUGUGGAGUAGCACGCUCUCUUAGAGGAAAACAUUAUUUUAAAAAAAGAUUUAGAUAAAAUGUGUGCAAUUUUAAUGCCUUGACUUACUACUCAUGUUACUAAACAUAAGCAUGUGCUUAAUUGUUGGCAGGAUUUGGGCCUAAACUGCUUGCUAAGAGAACCAUAUUUUUAUCUUUUUAAUGGAGUUAGAGAAUCUGUAGAAGUUAAACUCUAGCCAUGGGACAUGUGAAUUGGUAGGAUAUCGUCUGCUUACAAGUAAGGCUAUUUAUUAGUAGUGCAGGGUUCUGUUUGUAUAGUAUCCUGAAAAUGUAGAGGUAGAAAAUAAUAAUCUUGAUAGUGUAUGAAUAUAAGUAGGAGGUAUGUGUAGAAUUGAUGGGUAGAAGCUGGAUUUGUAACAUGUAAGAGAUGGCAUAGAGCAUUCUGGUUCGCUUUAAAAGAAGUAAUCACAAAAGUUGAAGUGUUUUUAUGAAAUUAUUCUAGGCAUAUUCUACCUUUUUGUAUAUCUGCAAAAUUUAACUUUUUGCUUUUGUGAAUGAGGGUGGAAGAGGAACAGAACCCAUCUCAUUAACUAUAAUCUAUUUAUCUGCCUGGUUAUUCACCACACAUUGCUGUUUCAAAGAUGGAGUAAAUUUGAUCAGAAUCUUACCUUUGUAACAACUAUAUUGACUUAAAAAAAAAAUGGAGAGAGCAGCCAUUAGUAGUGAUGAGGCUAAUUCUUCAUGUAUCUAAACCUAUUUAGCAUAUGGUGCUAUUUUAACUAGCAAAAAUUCUCUUGUUCCCCUCUUAAGAGGGCUUAAAUGCCAUGUAGUCAUAAGUCUGAGAAAAAUCAAAUUAUUGGAGUAGAUUUAACAAAAAGGGAUGAAACAUCUUUUUAAGAUCUUUUGGAUUUCCUGGACACUGAAUGUGGUGGUCUAGGCAUGGUGUCACCAGUAUAUGUGUAAAGCAUGUAGUCAUUACCAUGCUCUGAUUUUGUGUUUUAAGUGACAAAAUGAAAGGCCACAAUUGGUUGGCAACUAACUCGCUGUUGGGUUAAACAAAUAUUAACCCCACUUCUGUGUGUCACUUGGUCCAGACUUCAAAAGCAUGCUAUUGGAUAAGAGUUUGAUUGUUCUGAUUUUAAACUUGACCACUGCACCAUGGUUUUUUCACCUGCUCUUUUGCUUUUUGUCAUUGUACAUUUAGCUGGCAUGUUAAAUUGCUCAUGUGCUGUGUUUGUACAAGCUACCAUUAUUUUUCAUUAUUUAUUUGCUUUAUUAGUGAGCAUAAGUAUUAUCUUACUUUUAGCGGCUAAUCUUCACUGCAUGGUUUGAAUGCUAAAUAAUCCUCCUUCUCAGGCCUUUCCUUGAAAUGUCUGGAGAAAGUGUAUUAUUCAAACUUGUGUAUAUGUCUGGGCAUACAUUUAAAUAAGGCUUUUAAAUCAGUACUGUUUUCAUCCAUUACAUGUGUGUGUUGCUCAACUGUGCCAAGUUACAGGUGUUGCAGGGCAUCCAGCUUGGGUUAUUAAAUUCACUUCAAGUAAGUACCCAAACACUUUGGAUUCCUUUUUUGGCCAGAAAUCUAUGUUUGCCUUAACUACACUAAUCAGUUUAAUUGUAUUUAUUCAUAAAUCUGAGUUGGCUAUCUUUCUGUAGGCUCUCUAGACAGAAAUACAGAACCUACUGAAUUGGAGAUCACUGUCUGCUUGUGCACACUUGCUCACUAUAUGGGCCUUUCACUUCCUGAAGCGAAUACAUACCUGCCAUACCGAACAUGUUUUGAAAAACAGUUCCUUCACCCUAAAGCAACGGUUAUAAAAAGUUCCUGGUGUGAAUAGUUUUAAAGAAAGAUAACAGAAUGCUGGAAGUUGCGAAGAAAAUUCUGACUUGGUUGGUAUAGUAGGGGCAGCUAUAGAUCAGCACCACUAGAUAGCUUUGCAUGUAAUGGAAUCUUAAUACUCGAGGAAAACUUUCAAAAUUCUGUGAAACUAUAUAAUUUUUUCUGAAUUAAGGCAGCUGACAAAAUUCAGAUAUUGUCUAAUUUCCUUUUAGAAAAUAGUUAUUCUUGAAAAGAAUUAAACACUUUAAAAGAGCUUAAUAAAUGACAAGACACAGAGCAUGAAUACUAUACUGCGCUACAUUGGCACAGCUGCACAUCUGGUGAAGAAGUACUAUGCUGUCCGGAGAGCGCUGUCCCAUUAGCAUCAUUAUUCCACCUCUGCGAGAGGAAGAAGCUAUGUUGGUGGGAGACACUCUCCCUUAGAAUUUGAUUGUAUGGCAUCCAACAUAUGCAUAAGAAGAAAAGAGGAAAUUGCCUUAAUUUACAGUUGCAUGAGCCAUAGCAACACAAAUCUCAGAAUUUGAAAACAUUUUUGAGAAAAGGGUGGCAAUGCCAUGCUCUAGUUACAGAAGCAUCACUUUCAAGCUUACUGGCAGGAGAAGGAGGGAAGGAUAUGCACCAUGCCUAAAUGCCAGUUUAGUCAAUUUUGAAUUUAAAUAAAUUGCCUCCUUUUGACUGAUGCUCCUAUUUCUUUGUUCAAGAAUGAAAUCAAUUAAGUACUUCCGGUCUGAGGUUUUGUAGGAGUGUUGAGCUAUCUCCAGGUUUUGCAGACUCAAAAUGGAAACCAGCUGUGUAUGUGUGUGUUUGGUGAAGUUAGCCACUUUAUCCCAGUCUUUGAACAAGGGAAGACUAAUAGAUAUGGAGAGAAGGAGCAGGGGAAUUCUUGGGUUUUGUGUACAGUUAUUUGAUGCCAUACACUAUAUUCCCUGACUAAAAGUAGAGCAAAAUUCCUUUAAGCCUAAGUAAGCUGAUAUAUUCUUUAAUACAGACUAGAUGAAACUAUAUUAAACCUGCCAAAAAACAGAUACCUCUUCUUGGUGCUGGGGUUCCCCUUGACUGGUAACUGAAGCCAUGAAAAUAUCCAAUCGAUUGAAACUUCUAUCAUUAUAGGACAGAACAUUACUUCUUGCCAGUAAGAACUCCUUUUAGCUCUCUCUCUCCACCCAGGGACUUGGAGCUGUUGUUUCAUUUAACCUUACUGGAAGUAGUCUUCCUUUCACAGAGAUGGUUCUGACACCCUUGUUUAAAAGUGCUAUAUUCUGAGCGAUUCAGCUGGGAAAAGCCAAAUCAGUCUGUGCAUGUUGUGUUUGACUGGCGAUUUGGUUGGGAUUUCCUAGUGUUCUAAAUGUCCAGCUUGUCUUGUUUUGUAUUUGUCUCUCCACUUGGGAUAUGUUGCAGCCAUAACAAAACUUGUAAAAGCUCAAAUUCAACUAUAUACAUCUGGGAACAAUGCAAUCUCAACAAUGCUUUAAUCUCAAAAAGUGAGAAUAAAAUCUCCACUUUGAACAUUUUACAAAAAAUCCCACAUCUGUAUUUGGACAGAGUCACCCAAACACUAAUGUGGAUUCCAGAAAGCGUCGGAGAAUCUAAUCCUGUGGUAUCCAAAACUAGAUUUAUUAUCGUAACUCUUGGUCUGUUAGUGAUUGGGUUUCAGCUUGUCACAUUCAUGUAAUUACCAUGUAAAUUUGUCAAAUUUAAUAGGGUAGAUAUGCCCUUCCCGUGUAAAAUCAGACAAGUUUAAGUAACUGGAUGGAGUGCAUUUGUGCCAGAAUGACUUGCCACCAGGAAUGAAUAUAGACCUAUUAGGCCAUUUUCCCCCUCAUGCAUAGUUCUGCUGAGAUUAAUCACUGAAUCUAACUGGUAUUGUCUUUCAGAAUGACUGGAGCAUACAGUGCCUACUUAGAAGAAAAAGGCAUGAGUAUAGCACUAUUGACAUAUUUUACUGUAGCAAGAGACAAAAUUGCAACAUUGCAGCGCUGGAGUCAAAAUUGUUAAAUAUUUUUGCCACAAAUUCAUUUGGAAUUAAUUUUUUACUUACUAUGUCUUCUGAAUCCAACCAGGGCCAUGCCUUGUUUGAUAUUAAUUUAAAAAAAAAUUGUCUUUGGCUUGACAGAAUUCACCUGAAUAUGUAUUAUGCCACUCUCAAUGACACGUGUGCUAAAGUAGCUCAGAAUUUAGGCUCGUGGAUUCCUAUGUUAGGUGCUGUCUUUUCCCCCUUUCCUGUCCUAAUCAUUCUUCCUAUUAUGUUGUAACUAAACUAGGACUUGCCAUCUAUGCAGGCUGGAAACGCAAUUCACUGACUCCUAGGACAACCAUUUUUCCUUGUCCUGGCUGCCGGCAUGAUGUGGAUCUGGGAGAACGUGGCAUCAAUGGCUUAUUUCGAAAUUUCACCCUGGAAACUAUUGUGGAAAGAUACAGGCAGGCAGCCAGGGCAGCUACUGCUAUUAUGUGUGAUGUCUGCAAACCUCCACCUCAAGAAUCUACAAAGAGUUGCAUGGACUGCAGUGCAAGCUAUUGCAAUGAAUGCUUCAAAAUAUAUCAUCCUUGGGGAACUGUAAAAGCCCAGCAUGAGUAUGUAGGACCAACCACUAACUUCAGGCCCAAGAUCUUGAUGUGUCCGGAACAUGAAAUGGAGAGGGUAAACAUGUACUGUGAAAUUUGCAGAAGGCCAGUGUGUCAUCUUUGUAAAUUGGGUGGGUCUCAUGCAAAUCAUAGAGUAACAACCAUGAGCACUGCCUACAAAACUCUCAAGGAAAAACUUUCAAAGGACAUAGAAUACCUCAUUAGUAAGGAGAGCCAGGUGAAAGGUCAAAUUUCUGAACUGGGUCUUUUAAUGAAAGAAACAGAGUGCAAUGGUGAAAGAGCUAAAGAAGAAGCAUCUAGUAACUUUGACACGCUGUUUGAUGUUUUGGAAGAGAGGAGAUCAGCUGCUCUGAGGGCAAUUGAGGCUUCCAAGAAUUUAAGACUAGAGAAACUCCAAACCCAAAUAGAAGAAUAUCAAGGACUUCUGGAAAACAAUGGUCUUGUGGGAUACGCUCAAGAAGUGCUUAAAGAAACAGACCAAUCUUGCUUUGUUCAAACAGCAAAACAGCUCCAUGUUAGAAUUCAAAAAGCUACUGAAUCUCUGAAGAGUUUCAGGCCAGCAGCUCAAACUUCUUUUGAAGACUAUGUGGUUGAUAUAACAAAGCAAGAAGAGGUUCUUGGAGAUUUGUCCUUUUACUCCAGUGGUCUAGAUGUACCAGAGAUCAAUGAGGCGAGGAGCAAAAUGUAUAAUAAAGCUUUGAUCUGUUGGGAACAUCUAGUGAAGGAAGAUUCAGCUGAUACCUAUAUCCUUGAAUACCGUAAACUUAAUAGAGAAGAGGAGAAUGCAACAUGGCAAGAGAUUGAAGCCUGCAGCAAGAGUAAAGUCAUCUCUGACCUUGAAAAUAACAGCAGCUAUGCCUUUAGAGUCAGAGGAUAUAAAGGAUCUAUCUGUAGCCCCUGGAGCAGGGAAGUUAUUUUACACACACCUCCAGCUCCAGUCUUUAGUUUUCUUUUUGAUGAUAAAUGUGGCUACAACAGUGAACGUCUCAUGCUGAAUCCAAGGAGAACCUCUGUGGAAAGUAGGGCUGGAUUUCCUAUGCUGCUAGGGGCUGAACGUAUCCAAGUGGGGUGUUACACAACUCUGGACUACAUCAUUGGAGACACUGGAAUCACAAAAGGAAAGCACUUUUGGGCUUUUCAUGUGGAAUCUUAUUCAUACUUGGUGAAAGUGGGAGUUGCAUCUAACACUAAACUACAAGAAUGGCUUCAUAAUCCCCGUGAUGUAACCAGCCCAAGAUAUGAACAAGACAGCGGUCAUGACAGUGGGAGUGAAGAUACCUGCUUUGACUUAUCACAGCCUUUCACAUUGAUUACUUUAGGCAUGAAUAAAUUCUUUAUUCCCAAGGCACCUACUGCUCCCAAAGAUUCUGCAAAUAGAAUUCUUCCAAUGCCAUCUUGUAUAGGAAUCUGCCUUGACUGUGACAGAGGCAAAGUUGGAUUCUAUGAUGCAGACCACAUGAAAUGCCUCUAUGAGCGCCAGGUAGACUGCUCUAAUACAAUGUAUCCAGCCUUUGCAUUAAUGGGGAGUGCAGGAAUUCAUCUUGAGGAAGCCAUCACAGCAAAGUAUUUGGAAUACCAAGAUGAUAUGUAGUGCAAAUAUCUACUAGUACUGUUUCUGAGACGAAAAAUGUGAGCAGAAGGAUCUGCCUUAACAUUAAGUCUUGAUUAAUUACAUCAUAUCUCCUACGUGCUUUUGCUGCACACAUGUUUUUGGGUCAUUUUUUAAUCAUCAAAACAAAAAUUGUUGUCCAACCUCUUCUGCCCUUUUACCAACUUAUAUUGCCCAUAAGGACAUUCUUCCAGUCGCUUUCCUGCCUUUCUUUGAUUGUGUGGUGAAACUUGCUCCUCAGAGUUUGAUUAGCAACCUAAUUGUCUUUCACAAGCUGGAAACCUGUUUGUUAUAUAAUUUUAUAUUCUUACUUAGCUGGCUCUGUUGGUUUCACUUUUUUUUUUUUUUAAUGGAGUCAGGGCCCACAUGAUGAUAGUGCAUUUAUUGUGGUUAUUUUAUGUGUCCUUUUUAUUUUAAAAGAAGCUUGUCUGAAUGCAUUUGAGUGGUCAAGCAUUUUUGUAACUGACUCAUGAGCACCAGUGAGAUGGAUUUUUCUGUGCUAAAUAAUGUUUGCACCAAUGGAAAAUGCAAAGCAGUAGGAAAUCAAAUCGGCACUAAAUAGGUUAUAUUUGAUGUGUGUGUGUGUGGGGGGGAAUUAUUGUAUCUGAUGUACAUUUAGAUUGACUAUAAACUAAAAUUAUGACUUCCAGAAACUAGUGGAUAACUGUACAAGUGGUUAAUAAUGAGGUUCUUAAAUAUCUUUACUAUCCCAGGUUUUUAGUAUGGACUGUAUAAAGUAUAUUUAAAAAAGUGCAAUUUGUCUUGAAACAUUGGUCUUCAAUGUCUAUGAAACUCAGUUAUCUGCAUGGAAAAUAAUGGUUCCUGCUCUUUUGCUGGGGAAAAAAAGCAAAUGAACUGGCACAAAUGAUUAAAAUACAUAAACAACUUUUUAAUUAAAAAAUUCAGGUCUUUCCGUUAAUACAUGUUUUGUAAAUUAACGUCUUCAAUAAAGGAUUGUUUUUAGUAAGAAUGUGUUACAAAAAUGCACUGAUUACAUUUGAGACAUUUUUUUUGCCUUAAUGUGUCCGUUUAGCUCAAACGUUUGCUUGUUGUUGUAUUAAAAUUUCUAAUGUUGUGGUGUUUAUAUGUUUGAAAGUAGUUUGUGCAAAAAUGGUUUAAAUAUCUGCACUGUUACCAUAGCUCAUAAGAAACAUGCAUCUCUAAAAUUGAAAAUAUUUCUGAAAUAUAAGAUAUUUAAUAAUUCACUGUUCUUGUUUGGUUGUGAUUGUCUGUCUUAUUGGAUGUAAAUAGUAAAUAUGUGAAGUACAUUUAUUAAGUAUAUAGUAUUUAAGUAAAUACUUAAAUGGAACUUGAAAAUCAGUGUUUUUUUUUUUUUUUUUUAUCCAAGAUUGAGGGUAUUAAUCAUUCUGGAUUAUAAACCUAAAUGAAUGCAAGGUAAAAUUAAUGUUUUAUUUGAGAUUUGCCACAUAUGCCAGAACUUAUUUAUUAGAGAGUGACUAAUAAAUAGGCAUGUUUGCCUUUUAUAGUAGUCUGUCAACUGAACUAUGAUCCAGCUUCUGACAUUGCUAUUAUAUGCAUCUCCUCAUUAUUUGAAUUAAAAAUUGAUUUGCACUGGGAAUUACUUGAAUACUUUGGACACAUUAAUACAGUAAUAAAUGGUGCUUGCUCCUUCAGUGUAUUAAACAGAAAACAUACUACCUUGACUGUACAGAAGCAAACUGUUUUCCAUUUUUCACAAUAAUUGAAAAAGUGUCAUCUUCUAAAAACCCAGUUCAGUAACACUUGCCUAUCCAUAUAUUUUUGAAACUAAUUUCUUGCUACAAAAUAGCACCUUACAAUGUCGACAAAGCUAAGAAUUGUGUGGUAUGUUUGGAUCAUUAUGCAAUAUAGCUGCUAAACGAAUAAAACUGUUGGUGACUACUGUGGUCUGCAAAGCUCUAUACAGUAUAGGUGUAAAUCAUGGAAGAUGCUUUUCUUAACAUCUAAAGUUUUAACCAGGAUAUUUUUGAACAAGACCUUCUUGUUCUUAAGUUUAAAUGUAACUUCACUUUGGUUUUGCUUUUUUAAAAUAAAAACUGAAAGGUAAUG